AUGCGUGGAGCGAGCACGGGGCAAGAUCCCUCUCCUCAAGCUCCCGAUUCCGCGGGCACGGCGCUCAUGAAUCCCUCGGAGAAUCCGGAGGCCUCUGGCCCGGAAUCGACCCCGAAUCAGAAGGUCUCCGACGCCGCUGAUAUCCAGCAGUCGACCCCAGGCGCGUCCGCUCAGCAAGUCUCCUCCUCAGUCGCCUCCGCCUCGAAUCCGCCAGAGGUCGAAGGGGCCGACGCGCCGAAGAAGCGUAGUCUGUUGAUCCCAAUUCCGUCGCGCCGGUCCUCGAAGACGGAUAAACAGUCAACGGAAAAGACCGAGGAAUCAGCGCCGGAGGCGCCCGCUCGUCGAGGCUCCAAGGUCAGCAUCCUCAAGGUGCACAGGGAUCGUAGCCGGGCGAGUAGCAGACGGUCACGACGGGCGCAGGAAGUGGCAAAUGUGGAAAAAUCCCCAGAGUCAGCCACCCCAACUACCCCGGAAAUGAAUGGCCCUCCACGAUCCCAGAAGAAGAGCAAGUUUCUGGCGUUUCUGAGUUGUUGCUCCUCACCUGGUGUGGAUGGUGACGAUGAUGCGGUUCCUGCAAAGAAGUCCACAAAACAAGCGCCUACUUCGAACCGACUACCGACUCCUGACAAGGCAGAAGCUCACGCCGGGGACUCAAGUACUGCUGAGUCGAGAGAUCCUGCUUACUUUGACAACGAGAAAGCCAAUUUGACCGUCAACGACGAACCCAAGAAAGAAGACGAAAUUGUCGCCCAGCCUAUGGCCGAUGCGCCUGGCGAGGGCACUUCCACUGGGGUCAGCCAACCCGAGGUCUCCGAAAUUGCGAAAGAACAUGAAUCCACGAAGCCUGGCAAGGCCAAUGGUGCUGUGCCUGAAUCAAAGGCCGAUGCUCCUCCAUCCGAGGAGGCCAAGCCGACAGAAGAACCCCCAGCCGAUGAAUCCAUGCCCAAGCAACCUGUGAAUGGCGAAAUCGAAGAUCACUCGCACCAAGAGGACGUUGUUCACCAAGCUUCCCAAACGACCGUCGCAUUGCCUCCCCCUCCGCCCCCGCCAAUGCUUCCUGAUGUACCCUCAGCGCCAGAAAGAGAGGAUCAGCAGUGGCUGCUCCCGCCGAUUGUGCCAACCCUCCAGGGUCGAAAAUGUCUUGUCCUAGAUCUCGAUGAAACAUUAGUUCACAGUAGUUUCAAGGUUCUUGAACGUGCCGAUUUCACUAUUCCUGUCGAGAUUGAGGGACAGUAUCACAAUAUCUAUGUCAUCAAGCGGCCCGGCGUGGAUGAAUUCAUGAAACGGGUUGGUGAGUUGUACGAGGUAGUAGUCUUUACGGCAUCGGUUUCGAAGUACGGUGAUCCAUUGCUAGACCAGCUUGAUAUUCAUGAUGUGGUACACCAUCGGUUAUUCCGAGAGAGUUGCUACAAUCACCAAGGGAACUACGUGAAGGACCUUUCUCAAGUUGGCCGUGACCUCCGUGAAACGAUCAUCAUUGACAACUCUCCUACUUCGUAUAUCUUCCAUCCUCAACACGCGAUACCCAUCAGCAGCUGGUUCUCUGACGCACACGACAAUGAACUGCUUGACCUAAUUCCCGUUCUCGAGGAUCUUGCUGGGGCUCAGGUCCAAGAUGUCAGCAUGGUCCUGGACAUCACUCUGUGA